UUGUGUGUGUGUGUGUAUAAAAGAAAAUUUUUGUAAAGCGUCGUACAAAAUGGUUGCAUAUUAUGAUGAUUCAGAUGGUGUUGAGCAGCCCAAAACGUUAACAUAUUGGGUGCGAAAUUUUCGCAUGAAGCGCAUGCAAAUGCGUCGCAAAUUGCGGGGCUCUGGAAGCCUGCGCGUUAACGCCAUUUUGUCAACGGCGCUUUUCCAAGCUGAGCAUGAACUGCGCAGGAAACAGCAAGAACGAUUCAGUCGUUGGCUCGACGUCCAAACGAAAUUAAUUCCACAUGGCAAUACGCACGAAAGCAACUUCGACGAAAAAUUUCAUCAUGCCUGUGACGUCAAUGUGGAGAAAGAGACGGCCGAAUGCGAACGACGCAAUAUUGAAAAUAGCUUGUGGAGAAGCGAGCUAAGUGGCCUCGACAGAUUUUUGAGCAGUUUAAGCAGCAGCAGCAAUAAAAACAACAAUAACAUAAGCCAGUGCGCCAUUGCUGUGAACAGUUAGUUAAAAAGAGACAACCCUAUAGCACUUGGGUAUUGGAGAAGUGUGUUUAAGCUUAAAAUGUCAUGAACAACUUGUUUUUCAUUUCUUUGAUUUGAUAAUUUGUUAAAUUAGUUUUAUUACGAAAGAAAUUUCUCAUUUGCAGUCGCAAAACGUGUGCAAACCUGUUAUACAUACAUAGAUUGUAAUGAAAAAUGUGAAGGCUGUGAAGAGUGUGAUAUGAAGAGGACGAGCAAAUGGCCUUCGUAAGCGAGUAGUGUGAGUCAUGGGAGACUGCCGUAUGUCAACGCUCACCAAAAAGAAGCCUUUGGUCCGGAAUUCACACUCGUUUUCCUGCUCCUCGAAACGUUAAUGGCAACGAUGAGGAGGAACGGAACACUUGACAAACAUCCGCAUCAAGAACGAAAUCGAACUGACACACAAACCAACCAAUCGAUGGGCAAAUUGUCGGUACCUACCAUCGCGCGUCAGUCAAUAAUCGUUUCCAAGAAUUUCGUUUCUAUAACUGAGUGAGUCUUCACGUCUGUCCGUCUUCCGUCAACCACAAUGGCAGCGACUUGCAAGCCAGCCGAUCCUACACAGUUCGCAGCGGCAGCAGCAGCAGCAGCAGCGGCAGCAGCAAACACCACCGAGUCUCCCUUGCCCAAAAUGCCAGAUGCAGCUGACAAGUAAAAUGGGGACAAGGCGGAAUUGCGCGCGGCAGCAGCAGCAGCAGCAGCUUUAGCUCAACAGCAAGCAAACACGUGUGUGCCUUAUGCCUCCUGGUCGGUUACCAUCACAACUAUCACUACCUACUCUACAUAAAGCGGUCAGCAGUUGCUGACGGCGCAUCCACCACCAACCCACACAGAUAUCUCUGCAUACACGCGGUAUUCGUAUAUCAGCUGCGAACGCAAAAACAAUUACUUUUUGAAACAGAUUUACAGCACAAGGAGCACGAAAGAAAGCAUCCAUCAACGUCGUCAUCAUUGGAAUUUCUCUUAAAUUACACAGUUAUCUUGAAGGUCUGUCAUCAUCGUCAACGUCUACGUCUUCACUUUGGGUUCGUCGUAUUUUCAUCUGUGUCCUUCGUUUUAUUCUGCUGGCACGUAAGCCGUAUCGAAUUUUUCUCCUUGAAUAACUCUUGAAUUACAGUCAUAAUUGCAAAGCAGUCGGUUCUUGCACAAGUCUACAAAUUGAUAGAGGAGUAAUAAUCGAGCACACUUGCGUUUUAUGAGUCUAUGCGUCGCUCAUUAUAGGAAGAAGUUUGAAAUUUUACCCCAAAAUUGUUACGCAUAAAUACGUGGGCUUCAAUUUUUUUGUAGCGAUGCGUCACAGUUGAACAGUGCCUGUGAGCGUCGGAUUUCAUCAGCGGGACCUCGCAUCCUUUCUAGGCUUUGCACUCAUGGGGUGUCGAGAGUGGAAGAUCAACCACAGAGUGUCGUCGUCUGCCGUUUAACGCAAGCAAUAUGGAUGCACCCGAACUUUAUCCUCUUGUCUAGGAAAAAGACUAUUUUUCGUUUACUAUAUUUUUAGAGAAACGUCGCAGUUGAACGGUGCCUGCGUGCGUCUGUAAGGAAGUUAUCAAGAAAAUAUGUCGAUGAGAUAUCGCAACCAUCAAUUUUCCUAUCAAAUCAUUGCAAUUUUAGUGGGCUGCUCAAUGUCAGUACGCCAGGAGCACAAGUCGACAUAAUCAAAUGGCAAAGCGUAACUCGUUUGUUAUUCUUAACAUGCACAAAAUGUUGCGUUUGUUUCUCUUUUAGAAUAUUGAGCCCAUGAUAUAGAUGCGCACAAUCACAAACGAUACACAUGUCUGUUGAAAAAGAGCUGAAACCUUGAAACUGUUUACAGUCUUGCCGGAUCGGAUAGCGUAACUUUUAUAAUUAGUACUCUUAAAAUUUGGCUUCCGUAGCCAACUACAAACUUUGAUCGUACACUUGUUUAUGAUUUCCAGCCAUGGACUGGCUGCCAAAGCCUAUAUCUAACGAGAGCGAGGUGGAUAUGUUAUCCUGCACGUAAUGUUCGGAGGAUCCUGUUCAGAACUAUAUAGCAGAGAGAAUCAAACGAGAAAAGCGUAAAUUUUGAGCUUAUCCACACAAAAACAUAUCUUUUUGUAUUUUAUAGCAAUAUGACGCAGUUGAACUGUGCCUGCGCAUAUUGGAAUUAGUUAGACCCAUAAAUUGGGCAAUACUUGUAAGAGUUCAGCGAGGAAGCGUCAUCUUAAAGGAUUUUCACGUAAACUAUUUGAAUAUCCCUGUGCACAAAUCUUCCUUUUUCGUAUCUUGUAGCUAUAUAUAACCGCAGUUGAAUGUGCCUGCGCAUAUCUGUCGGUAGCUGCUUCACAAUGAUAAAAGGGAAAAAGGGACCGUUUCGGCGAAGAAAUCAAGAUUUGGUUCUUUACCGGUGGAAACCAACCCCCUCUAUAAUCGUCAACUGCAAAAAUGGAUUUGUUACCUUUACUUUUUCUUCCCCUAGCUUGAUUUUCUAAGCAUAUUAUGUAUUAAUUGCAGUGGUUGCGUUUUUGGUUGAUGUUCGGAUGUUCACAAAACACACAUUAACUCCAAUGAAUACCUGUAGCAAAAUUUGUUGAGGCAAUGGGAAUCAAAUGCCAACUUGAAAGCAAUAAACACAUCGAUACGAACCGAAUUCCAACAUCAAUGUCGAUAAACCGAAACCGAACUGUUGUCAAGGUCAGCCCGACACUGAAUACAUCUUGAAUUGCUUAAACCUGUUUUACAGCCAAGCGAAAAGACGAUACUGAGUACACGAAUAAUACCUUCAUAAAGGCAGCAACACUUGUCAUCGUUUUUAGAGCGAGGAUAAUAGGCAUGCCCCCCACUUCUGUCACUUCGGAUUCAAGUCAAAGCGUGAGACAUUUGCGUUCGCUUAUCAUUUGCUUUGCACUUUCACUUUUGCAGCGAAUGCAUUGCUUGUGCGCAUAUACCUUUUACUGCCAAUUGCGUUUUUUGGACCGGUCUGGAAGCGGCCGAUGUACACAAACAAACCACCUUUUCUCCAUCUCCAAACUACUACUAGCUCUCACACUGCAAAAUCGUUAAAGGGAAUCAAGAACGAUACAUCAAGUUCAUCCAGCUAGGCAAAUCGUCAAGCAAUGCCAGCACCAACACCACCACCACAACAACAAAAUAUGUUACAGCUGCCUUGAUGGCCAGAGAGUUGCAGAUCUCUAAAUAGAUCGAUCACUCGCUCACAACGUACAAUGUACAAUUAACGUUUUUACAUUACAGAAAACGUAAGCUGCAAAAUAAUGGCUGUGUUGGGUGGUUGGCGCUCUGGCGCCACACAGACAGCUCCUGCGCUCACAAUCCAACCACUUGAGCGGAGCCAGACUCUGUUCUCACUCCGCCGAGGAGGCAUCCCAACCUAGCUCGGCAGGCCAGCCUGGGUCAGCUCAGCCAGCAGCACGUAAUGCAUUGCACCGCAUAGAAAUAUGCGCUCGGUCCGCGCUAAAGGGAAACAAAUGCGUUUGGACCGAGACCCGCCACACCACAAAAUACCAGCAGUCGCUAAUGAGGCGAGCUGAUGUGUUGUCGUUGUUAUCGGGCAGCUGCCUGCAAGUACGCUACGUCAUCGUCGCAACAGCGUCGCCGCCGCCUCCGCCACCGCAAGUUUCUUCGCAUCCAGCAUUUUGUGUAUGUACACAUCAUGUAUGUAUUUGUAGUAUGUAGUAGAAGCAGCUGAGCCAGCUAUAACGACCCGAUCUAUGGAGCUCGUGGCUUAUCGCAAAAGGGAACCAAAUGCGACUAGUAUUCAAGCAGCAGAACGAAGAGCUGUGCAGAAACAGCAACAACAGCAGUCGAGGCAGACAGACGGCGGCUUUCAAUGGGCAGAGUUGACGGCGGUGGUAUUCGAGAUCAACUGGUUUUAUAAUCUGUUGCAAAUUAUCCGCUCAUUCUCACUCCACUUCAUAGGUAGCACACAUGUUUUAACAGAAAACUCCGGUUAUCAAAAUCCAUCGCAAAGGGAAUCAAAUGCGAUUAGUGUUCGAUGACGAAGAAGCUAGCUAGUCAGACCAGCUCUACGCUACGCUACGCUUCGAUUUGCCAGUUGAGCGCUUAACUCCUGGUGCACCGUUCAACAUUCCGCAAAAGGGAAUCAAUUGCGAGGUGGUACUGCAGCAACGCACGCACACACACACGCACACAGACACCCACCCACCCACACACAUUCACGCAUACAUGCGGAAUUUCCUGUUAUGUGGGGCAGUCCAACACGUCCCACUUGGCCCAAAGAGCAUCCAAAUGCGAUUAAGAGCAGCAGAAAGCAGGCAGGCGGCAGGCAGGGAAACGAUGCCCGCAGCGAAAGACAUCUACUUGUCGUCGUCGUCGUCAUCAUCAUUGUUCAUGUUGUUGUUGUUAGUGGUGUGUAUACAUUUUUCAGGUAAAUUCCAACCCAGCCGACUAGGACAGUUGUCUGUCGGUCUGCCCAGCACACGUACUACACGUCAAGUUGUUCUCGAAGGGAAUCCAUGAGACACGCGCUACAUCUGCAUACGACAUAUUAUUUUUCAAUGUAUUUUUUGUUUUUUUUUCUUCUAAGUUUAUUAUGUACUUACAUGAUCAUACAAUUAAGUAUGUAUCUUCCUAUAGAGGCAAUCCUCGUAACUCCAGGCUGUUUGAACGAAACUCUUCUGGCCAUGGGCCGUAGUCUACCAAGAAUGAAUGUUUAUUGUACAGCCCAUGUAAAUGAGCUAUAACAUGUUACUUUGUAAAAACAAUUGUAUAAGCCCGAUCUUGGUAUUGUAAGACGAUUGUAUAGUUAUAAUUGUAAAACUUUGACAUGUACAUAUUUGUGUAUGGCUUAAGAAACGUAGCAGGGACUCGUUCAUUGAAGAAUUCGACUGACGAGGACACCCUGAUGUUCAACCCACCCACCCCUUAAUAUGAGAGUGAAGGAGCGACUUGAAAGAGGCUACUCCAUUGCGCUCUUAAGGCGGGCCUGGCCAUGACACUUAUGUAUCCAUCUCCAGGGGCUUGCGGUGGUGCUGUACGCGAGCGGCAGAGGGGACAAUCAACCGUUCAAAUUGGCUGGCAGAACUAGCUUCAACUGUGCGAACUCUUGAUUACCUGGUCGUCGAUUCGCCAACCACCAUUCCAUGGGCUGAGAUUGAAUCUUUCGGGCUUGCUUAUUUUUCGACUCUGAUGUCGCAUCAUCGCUUCAAAUUCCCAAAACUCUAAAAUCAGCCAUUUCCUGUCGUAAAAGGUGGAGCUGCAGCUGACCAAAAUCCAUCCGUUACGGCAUCGACGCUUCAUGGCAAGGGAGAUCUGCACUUGAGCUGGAGGUCUUCUUCGUGUUUGUAACGCCACAUAUUAGCACGUCCUGUCGAUCUAACACCUAUGACUUGUUGGGAACAUUUCAUCUACUAUGUCACUGCAUCCAGUCCGAGGCUAAUAGACAGAUCCACAGAUUUGCUGCCAGCUACAACUCUACUACUACUAAUAUUCAAAAAGCAACCAACACAUCAUUCUCAUCGACACGUACGCGCGCACAAAUCAUUUUUGGCUUCGUCCGCUGACUAGGACACACCACACAUGGGAUAGUUUUUCAGCCGCCCCAAGAUAAAACUUGAAAAUCGACCUUCUUCGCAUCGACAACACACACAUAUUCCCCUAUAUUAGGGCCAGCUGGCAGCUAUAGGAUCAUCCUACUCAGAUCGUUUUCUUCUUGUCUUCUGCUACUCGACCCACUCUAAGGCCAACGAUGAGGCCGUUCGUUUCUGACGUUUUCUGAAAGGACUUCGUUUCUGGCGAUUAGGAUUUUUUGAAGGAUUGCAAAUAUUUUCUAAAAUUUCGGACAAUUGGGCACAAUUUGAAUACAUUUACAAACCGACGGCGGCGAGGGAUUAUAGUAAAUAUUUUGACAGCAGCGUGGGAUUAUACCAAAAUGGACGGCAGCGGGGGAUACCAAAUUGAAUAAACAACGUGGGAUUCUCUUUCGUUUUCUUCGUGGGACUUAUAGGGCUUCGGUUAGGAGAUGUCGCUAGGUACAAGGCUUCUAUUAUUAGGACAACUGUGAAGGAGAGCCCAGUUGAUGUCGAGAGGAGAAUCGCAAUGACUGCGGCGUGGGAACAUUGUCGUUUGACUGCGGCGUGGGACAUUAUUGGUGACUGCGGCGUGGGAGUUCCGGACGGCUGCGUGGGAGUGAACUGGACGGCGGCGCGGGAGCUCGAGACGGCGGCGUGGGAGUUCGGGACGGCGGCGCGGGAUCACUUGACGGCGGCGAGGGAUCACUUGACGGCGGCGAGGGAUUAUUCUUAGUUUCGUCUGCUUUGUUUUCUCUAUGAUCAUCGUCGGUAUUCCCAUGAGGCACAAAUUAAGCAAAAUUCAUACGUUCAAAGCUGAUAUACAACAUACAUUUUGAAAGCUUUGUGCAAGCUAAACAAGCUUCAUCCAUAUAGAACCGUAGAACCGCCUUAGUUGUUAAUUAAGCAUCAAUAACCCGCACCCUUGACCUAAUAACCUCAUGACUGGAGCCUAUCAUCAUUCCAAUCAAUAUUUAUUGUGUAUAAACACGUUCCUGGAAUACCGGAAAGCAAUUUAACACGAUGGUCCAGAUAAUCCCAAAGCCAGAUGCCUAUAAAUGGAUUAUCUGCAGAAUAAAGAUGAUUUUUUGAAAAAA